AUGUCCGUCGCAUCGCUGCACCGUGAUGCUGGUUUCCAGGUCCGGUCUUUGUUCCGCUCCCUUCUGCGUCAAUCCGGCCAAUUUUCCAACUAUAACUUCCGUGAAUAUGCCCGUCGCAAGACAAGAGAUUCGUUCCGCGAGCACCAAAACGUGACGGAGGAACGUCGGGUACAAGAACUGAUGCAAGAGGGUCUUCAGAGCCUGCGCUUGCUCAAGCGCCAAACGAUCAUCAGUCAAUUCUAUCAGCUGGACAAGCUGGUGGUGGAGGGCCAGAACGCCGGCAAGGAAACAGGCGACCAUGGAGGCAUUGUGCGCCAGAAGGACACUGGCUGGGAUUAA